AUGAACAGCAACAAUGUACACUCGAGGUACACCAUCGUGAAGAAAGGGAAGUUGGUAACGUUCUACAGGAACGGUGACCCCUAUCACAAGGGUCUUCAAACGUCCGUCAGUGGAAAGCAUUUCGUCACACUGAGCACUCUCCUGUCUUGGCUGAACGAUAAAAUACCAAUAGCAGCCGGUGUUCAGUACAUCUUCCGACUGCCGGAUGGACACGAAAUUACUGACGUCACACAAUUUGUCGCCGGGAGAUCGUACGCCGUUUCGUCCACUCGUAAACUGAACACGUCCAUUCAAUACGGUGAUGUUUCUCGUAAAUGUCACACGCACGGAGAUGAUGAACCUUGCGAUGAAGAAAGUAUGGCCGUCGUUCCUAGCAGCAAUUUUCAAAAUAACGUAAGUCACGUAGGCAAAGGAAAUAGUCCCAUUAGAAAUAGUAUGCUUCAACAUUCUUGGAACGAGUCUAACCUAGAUUCAAAACCCAAGCACCAAAAAAGUGAUGCAAUUAGUAGGCAGCAAAUUCUCGAUAACUUGAACAACAAAUCACACCACGAAAAACAAAACGACUAUCCUAAUAACAUCGCUGGCGAUGUAUCUUUACUCGAUAACGAUUUCUUAGCGAAGCCAGAAAAAGAAAAUCAUUUCAAACCAUUCACUGAAGAUUUUAAAAGCAGCGUGGAAGCUACGAAUAGUGACGAGGACAAGCAGCCCACUUAUCGUAAUCAUCCUAGGUACUACCUACCACGCUCAGAACCUCGGUCGUUUCAAAGUUCCGCAGAAAGUAGCGGCUCUGGUAGUGACAAACUAAGCAGAUUUGAACUACCACGCAAUAAAACUUUUCUACCGGUAUAUGAAUCAGACCAGGACACGCUACCAGAUAAAAGAAAUUCUAGCAGGAAAGAAAGUGUUGCUAAAUACGAAAAAACCUCUCGAACACAACGUCCUCGCAAAAAUUCUGAUGUUAGAUCUACUAGAAAGUCAGACAGCCUGCCUAGGCUAGACACAUACCGACAAGGCAAAACGGAUAACAACGCCGAAUGGAAUCCUAACAAGUCAGUCGGAUUACCAAAUGACAAAAACUAUCACAUAAUCGGAUCGUAUUCGGCAAAUGAAGAUCUUAGCCAUCACAUGCCCAACCACGUACAAAGUCCCAAAAUCUGGUCACCUUUGUCUCUUCAAAAUGACGAUAGCAGACGAAUGCAAAAUUUUAGAAAAGCAAAGCCAAGGAUAAUUCUAAUAAGAAGUAACACUGUUAGAAAAAGUAAGCAGAGAGUUAUCUUCAAUCCUAAUGUUGCCCAGUUAUUUGAAGAAGUCUUGAGAGAUAUGGAAAAUAUGGUCAAAUUGUUAUAUCCACCGGCUACAGCUCUUUUUACGGCUGAAGAACCAUUCGUUAAGGUUUUGAGUUUCUCUCACCUGUCCACAGAGCUGAGAAGCUGUGAAGAGUUUUUGGUCUGUGGCAGAGAAGCUUUACCUAUCGAAAUACAUCCAGAUCAUAUCGGGUCGUACCAACCUAGCGUACAUAAAGGUGCUCAUGAUCGCGGCUUUUUACCCCCCGUAAAGACUUUCAGAUCGGAAGAUAAUAUAUAUCUAGACAAUUUACUCUUUUUCAAAGGCACGAGUAACCACCACACAAAGCCGCAGGUUAGAGAUAGACAGAAAAAUAGUGAUACCACUCCACCCGUUACGAGCAGUUCCAUGAGGCUCGUCAACAUUUAUCUAGGCGAAAAACCAAAAGAUGAAAAUAUAGCAUGUGACGGGAAAAACUGCAAUUGCAGGCUGCAUGAAACUCUGUUCAAACUCAUCAAAACCGACCACCAGGACAGCGGAGAUUUCAAGUGA